AUGUCCGAAUCGCCGACGAUAGGCGACGUGGCGGCGAGUCGCCAUCAAAUGGGACUCUGGUCGUGUAUGAGUUAUGUUAUCGCCAACAUCAUCGGCGCUGGAAUCUUCAUCACACCUGGACCAAUUCUACAGUACACCUAUUCGAAUGGUCUCGCAUUGAUUGUAUGGAUUGGAUGUGGAUUAAUCUCGCUGAUCGGCGGGAUUUGUUAUAUUGAGCUGGGAACGUCGAUUCAUGAUCCCGGUUGUGACUUCGCCUAUAACGUCUACGUCGGUUGGGAAGGCAUCGCGUUCUCGUUCAUGUGGGUCGGGGUCAUCAUGUCAUUUCCAGCGUCAGCAGCAGUUCAAGCGCAGACUUUUGGACAGUAUAUUGUCGCCGGCCUGGACCCUGUGUGGCAUCUCGACUCGCCGUGGGAUCAAAUUUUCGAGCGAGGACUUGGAUUCGCACUAAUUAUCAUCCUCACUAUCCUCAACCUGUACGCCAUCGACAAAUACGCCUCAAAAUUCCAAAUCGUCGUCACCAUCGCGAAGCUCUUAUCACUGGCCCUUAUCAUCUGCACUGGAUUCUAUUUUUUGAUAGUCAAAGGAUGGACCAAGAAUCUGGAGCAUCCAUUCGAAGGGUCCAACACGAAUCCCGGACAGAUAUCGUUGGCUUUCUAUGGAGCACUGUGGAGUUUCGCCGGAUGGGAUAUUCUGAAUUAUGGGACACCGGAGAUUUAUAAGCCAAGGAGCCCCCAAAUCUCGAAUUUCUUCCAGAACAAUGCCCAUAGCGCUACUCGGUGGUGUGUCCAUCGUCACAGCAAUCUACGUGGCCAUGAACGUCUCCUAUAUGACCGUACUCUCGCCCGGACAGAUAUGAAUUCGACCGCGGUGGCCGCGGAUUUCGCCCAAGUCACUCUGGGCAGUUUCAGUUAUGCCAUCCCCUUCAUGAUUGCUCUUUUGUUGAUCGGAACACUCAAUAGUAAUAUCUUCUGCGGAUCCAGAUUCACCCACGCGGCCGCCCGUGAGGGACAUCUUCCAACAUUCCUCUCCUGUAUCAACGAAGAAUCGAAUAGUCCCCGAGCGGCACUCCUCUUCCAACUGAUCUGCACGAUCGCAGUCACCUUCGUUGAUACGAAUUCCCUUAUCAACUACGUGGCAUUUGUGAUGUUCGGACAACGAGUAUUCACAAUGACAGCACUGAUGUGGAUACGGUAUCGAAAGAUUCCCGUUCAUCCGGAUGCUAUUCAAGUCCCAAUCCUCUUCUCUAUCCUUUUUUGGAUUAUUACCAUUGCACUGGUCGUUGUUCCGUUCAUUGAGGAGACUAAGCAUACUGUCGUUGGUGUGGCUCUGGUACUGAUGGGAUUGAUCCUCUAUGCGAUCUUCAUGAAACCAAAGAAACUUCCAGAAUUCAUGAUGAAACUCAAUGACGGAAUGACACGUGUCACUUGUCGUGUGCUCUUCUCGACGCCCGAUCUGAAACAUCAUGCACUGGGCGGAAGAUCCGUCUCUGAAACGGCCGAGACGCUGAAAAUCGACAACGGUGAGCAAGGGAAUGAGGAUACUACAGUAUCCUCACGAUUUCGCAACGAAUCAACACUGAACGCCGACGAACGUACGGCUCUACCGACGUCUUCUGAAGAGGCGACGCAUCUGUAA